AUGAGGCUUGAUCCAGUGCAUUUCUCCAUGCUGGUCAUCGGGGUCUCGUUCGCCUGUUACGCCCCGAGUCUCAACUCCCUCCAGGACCAGGCGUACCGAUCAGCUGUGGUCAUUGAGGGCGAGGUGCGCUCCUCCCCGGAGAACGUCUCCUCCCGGGAGCCCUACAGUGUGAAUGUCAAAGUGCUGGACGUGUGGCCCGUCAACAGCGGCGGCCUCGAGAGGGAGCAGCUCGUCACCGUCGGGGACUUUAGUUCCGAGGCCCCAUGCGCCACGGUGGAGAAGGACCACAAAUAUAUCUUUUUCAUGGACCCGACCGGGGAGCCCUACGUGUUCAAGGCGUCUUACGCCCCCGUGGACGCCAGCGAGCCGGAGCUCAAGAAGGAUGUGGAGAGAGUGUUGUGCGAGGACUGCGCCUCUGUUCCGAAGCUGCGUUUGAUGCAAGGCCAGUCUCUAAUGGAAGGGGACAAACUGUACUUGAAGUGUGAGGCGUCAGGGAAUCCAAGCCCUUCCUUUCGCUGGUACAAGGAUGGACAUGAGCUUCAGCGAGGGAGAGACCUCAGAAUAAAAACCAACAAAAAAAAUUCCAAGGUGCUGAUCAGUCGGGUGCGUGUGGAAGACUCUGGAAACUACACCUGUGUGGCUGAAAACUCAGUUGGACAAGAAAACGUCACAAGUAUUAUCAGCGUGCACAUAUUAACUACCACCACUUUGUCCUUGGGUGUGAGUCAUGUGAGGCACUGCAACGACACGGAAAAGGCCUACUGCAGCAACGGUGGAGACUGUUACUUCAUACAUGGUAUUAACGAGCUUUCUUGCAAGUGUCCCAAUGACUAUACGGGGGAACGCUGUGAAAACUCCGUCAUGGCUGGUUUCUACAAGCUUCUCAGAAUUGAAUUUAUGGAGGCCGAGGAGCUCUACCAAAAGCGAGUGCUGACGAUCACCGGAGUCUGUGUGGCCUUGUUGGUGGUUGGCAUUGUCUGUGUGGUGGCAUACUGCAAAACCAAGAAGCACAGGCAACAUCACCUCCAUCAGAACCAGAAUCAAUGUGUGGAGCAACCUAACCGCAUGCUGGCCAAUGGGCCCAACCACCCCGGGCCUGGUCCCGAGGAAAUUCCCAUGGUUGAUUACAUCUCCAAGAGUGUUCCUACCACCGAGUGUGUCAUUAGCCACGGAGCUGAAGGUGCUGGCAACUAUGCUGGCAGCAGAAUGUCUACCCGCUCACAUCAUUCGACCACUGCCUCACAUGCAUCGAGACAUGAGGAGCAGACGUGGAGCAUGGAGCGAACAGACAGCAUGAAUUCAGACUGCCAGUCAGGUGGCCUGUCCAGCUCUGUUGGAACCAGUAAAUGCAGCAGCCCAGCUUGUAUGGCAAGGAGGGCUCACUGGGGCUGUACAGAUGUAACCAGUCCGGGAAUGCACUAUGGAGAUUCCUACGACUCAUUAAGGGAUUCACCUCACAGUGACAGGUACGUGUCCGCAUUGACCACACCAGCUCGCUUGUCUCCAGUGGAGUUUCACUACCCGCCGCUGCCUCCCCAAGUUCCAACUUUCCACAUCACCUCACCCAACACAAGCCACGCCCUCUCCCUACCACCUGCCGCUGCAACCUAUCACAGAGACGACGACCAGCCGCUGCUAAGAUGUCCUGAUGAUCGUAGUUUGUACAGGCAACCUCGACGGCCGCGUCGACCUUACCUGACAGAGAGCACAGGAAGUCUCCCAUCUAGUCCCUACCGUCUCCCUGAUGAAGAGGCCUAUGAGACCACGCAGGAGUACGCCUCCUCCAGAGAGCCCAUCCGGAGUCGACGGCGCCCGCGACGCAACCGCCUCAACGGACAAUCUCAGAGGUCAGCGGACUUACGGGACUACAGGUCACAGAGCUUCAGCCAAUCAGAGGAGGAAGAGGAAGAGGAGGAGGAAGACGAAGCUCAAGGGGAGAGCACGCCUUUCCUCAGUAUGCAGAACAUGAACAUGGACCUGCCUUUAACCGUGCCGGGUUUCCAUUCAUCGUCAGGGGCUGACACGCGGACUCACCGAGGGCUGAGUCGGCCGGGGACUCGAAGCAACGGACACAGUCGGAGCUCACAGUCGCAGCGAUUCAAGUCAGACAACAUGCCCCUUUAA